CGUCCGGCGUGUGUCCCCCAUAGGUGUCCCCUCGGUCAGUCAGUCAGUCAGUCUCAACUGUCUUCUCGUCCCGGUGUCCACCUGUCUGUCAACAUGUCCCGCUGCCUCGCGCUGGCUCGGUUCGCUCUCGGGUCCUCUCAGAGGUCAGGCUCGCGGCUCACGUUAUGUGCACGAGGGCUGAGCAGCCAUAUCGCCUCGCGCUCCUCCGCUGCAGACCUGCAGGUUGGACAGCAGCAGCGGUGGAGCAGUCGGCCCAGAGUGUGGAGCUCUCAGCGCUCCUCCCUCGGCUUCGGCCAGCAGUCGUACUACAGCACGCAGGAGGCGGAGAAAGAGCCCGAGAAAGAGGCAGAGAAAGAGCCCGAAGAGGAGCCUCUGCACACCAUCAUCAGUGAUACAGAGUCUGUACAAGGAAGCUCGUCCAAACAUGAAUUCCAGGCUGAGACGAAAAAACUGCUGGACAUCGUUGCCAGGUCCUUGUACUCGGAGAAAGAGGUGUUCAUCAGGGAGCUGAUCUCCAACGGCAGCGACGCUCUGGAAAAACUGCGCCACAAACUGAUGACAGCAGGUGGUGAAACGGCUCAGAUGGAGGUCCACCUGCAGACCGAUAGUGCCAAGGGCACCUUCACCAUCCAGGACACUGGAGUGGGGAUGACCCAAGAGGAGCUGGUGGCCAACCUGGGGACUAUCGCUCGCUCCGGCUCCAAGGCGUUUCUGGAUGCCCUGCAGAACCAGGCGGAGGCCAGCAGCACCAUCAUUGGUCAGUUUGGAGUUGGUUUCUACUCUGCCUUCAUGGUAGCCGACCAGGUGGAGGUUUACUCCCGCACCGCUGAGCCCGAUGCACCUGGAUACAAGUGGUCCUCAGAUGGCUCUGGAGUUUUUGAGAUCGCUGAAGCCAGCGGUGUUCAACAGGGAACAAAGAUUGUGCUGCACCUCAAAGACGACUGCAAGGAGUUUUCUGCUGAAGACAGAGUUAAAGACGUUGUAACAAAGUACAGCAACUUUGUCAGCUUCCCCAUCUUCCUGAACGGACGAAGGCUCAACACUCUGCAGGCCUUGUGGAUGAUGGAGCCGAAGGAGAUCAGUGACUGGCAGCAUGAGGAGUUCUACCGUUACGUUGCCCAGGCCUACGACAAGCCUCGCUACACGCUGCACUACCGCGCCGACGCCCCGCUCAACAUCCGGAGCAUCUUCUAUGUCCCUGAAACGAAGCCGAGCAUGUUCGACGUGAGCAGGGAGAUGGGCUCCAGCGUGGCUCUGUACAGCAGGAAGGUCCUGAUCCAGACCAAAGCCACCGACAUCCUUCCCAAGUGGCUGCGCUUCCUCCGAGGUGUUGUGGACAGUGAGGACAUCCCGCUGAAUCUGAGCAGAGAGCUGCUGCAGGAGAGCGCCCUCAUCAGGAAGCUCCGUGACGUUUUGCAGCAGAGGGUGAUCCGCUUCCUGUUGGACCAGAGCAAGAAGGAGCCGGAGAAGUACAACAAGUUCUUUGAGGAGUACGGCCUCUUCAUGAGGGAGGGCAUCGUCACCACCCAGGAACAAGACGUCAAGGAGGAUAUUGCAAAGCUGUUGAGGUUUGAGUCUUCUGCUCUGCCAGCGGGCCAGCACACCAAUCUGAUGGAGUACUCGUCCCGCAUGAAGGCUGGCACUCGCAACAUCUACUACCUGUGCGCCCCCAACCGCCAUCUUGCAGAGCACUCCCCCUACUACGAGGCCAUGAAGCAGAAAGACAUGGAGGUGCUGUUCUGCUACGAGCAGUUUGACGAGCUGACCCUGCUCCACCUCAGGGAGUUUGACAAGAAGAAGAUGAUCUCCGUGGAGACUGACAUCGUGGUGGAUCACUACAAAGAGGAGAAGUUUGAAGAUAGCAAGCCCGCCUCUGAGCGUCUGACACAGGAGCAGGCCGACGACCUGAUGGCCUGGAUGAAGAACGCUUUGGGCCCCCGAGUCACCAACUUAAAGCUGACUCCCCGGCUGGACACCCACCCUGCUAUGAUCACCGUGCUGGAGAUGGGCGCCGCACGACACUUCCUCCGCACGCAGCAGCUGGCUCGCACCCCUGAGGAGAGAGCUCAGAUACUGCAGCCCACACUGGAGAUCAAUGCAGGACACGAUCUGAUUAAGAAGUUGCACGCACUGAAGGACACAAACUCUGAACUGGCUGGUCUGCUACUGGAACAGAUCUACGACAACGCCAUGAUCGCAGCAGGUCUGAACGACGAUCCUCGACCGAUGAUUGCCCGCCUCAACGACCUGCUGACUAAAGCUCUGGAGAAGCACUGAGACCUGCUCAGACAUGAACAGUGCAGACGGACUCUGUGGUCUGUAGACUGAAGCAUUCACAGAAGCUGAAUGGCGUAGAAAGAUGGAGAACGAACAGGCCUUUGUUCAUCUGGAGCCAUUAAAUCACAUCUCUGUCCCCCUCUGGAGUUCUUUAUUCAUCCCUAUGGAGCACGUGAAGGCUUUAAAAGCUCAGAUGGAGCGAAGAGGAACUGCUGGAAUCUUCUCUGUAAACACGUCUUUAUGCUCUGUGUUCAACAUUUCAUCAGAAGUUUCAAAUAGGGUUCAAUACUGUUAAUAUACUGUAUAUCAUGAAGGAUAUAUCUUUCAUUUGAGUGAGAAUUUUACUGCGAGGGAAAGCAAGAUGCAUUAAAGAAAAUCUGAUUUGUAAACUCACAUUUCAAAAUCCUUUUGCGAUGCCGUGUGUAACAACAUCUUAAAGAUAGUCUUGUUUUUAAAUUGUGCUUUAAAGUGGAAGGAGACUGGUUACAGUUUAAUUAGAAAUGCAAGACUUUCUCACUGCUGAAUUAAAGCGUUAACACUUUUUGUUUCUUAAGCCCUCCAAAACUGCUAUUUUUUUCAUGUUGUUUUAUAUUCAACUUUUGUGGUUUGUAAGAAGCUGAAUACCUGAAGGACCUGUGGGAAUAUUUAAUGUAAUUAAGUAUUUUUUAGCUGGGUCAAAUGAAAAUACAGUCACAAAUUAUAUAUGGGAGAUGUCAGCUGUGAUUUGUCAACUGUCAGUGGUCAAACAUGGAUUCUCUACAUUGGUAUUAAAGUACCAGUGAAUCUAAUAAAAUGUAUUUAAAAUAC